AUGAGAAAGAAGUGGAUAUUGGAAGUUUUUCAUUGUAUCUUUUUUGGUGUGCUCUGUCUCCUUUUCAUAGAUGGAGGUAAACUAGAACAAGUAAAACACUCAGAUACGUACUGCGUGUUUCAAGAUAAGAAGUACCGUGUAGGAGAAAGAUGGCAUCCUUACCUAGAACCCUAUGGCCUUGUUUACUGUGUUAAUUGUCUUUGCUCAGAGAAUGGAAAUGUACUGUGCAGCAGAAUAAGAUGCCCAAGUCUGCACUGUCCUUCCCCUGUGCACGUACCACAGCUGUGCUGCCCACGAUGCCCAGAAGACUCCCUUUUCUCAGUAAGCAGCAAAAUCACCGGGAAAUCCUGUGAAUACAAUGGCACCACCUACCAUCAUGGUGAAAUGUUUGUGGCAGAGGGGCUUUUCCAAAACAGGCAAGCAAACCAGUGUGCCCAGUGCAGCUGCUCAGAAGGAAAUGUGUACUGUGGGUUGAAGACUUGUCCCAAAUUAACGUGCUCUUUCCCAGUUUCUGUUCCGGAGUCCUGCUGUCCAGUUUGCAGAGGAGAUGGAGAAUUAUCAUGGGAACAUUCCGACGGAGAUAUCUUCCGGCAGCCAGCCAACAGGGAAGCUAGACACUCAUACCAUCGCUCUCACUACGACCUGUCACCCAGCUCUGCGAGGCAGGUAGUCAACAUUCCACGAUUUCCCAGUGCCAGGAGUAACCGUGGAGUCCUACCGGAUCCCCAGCAAGCUUCUGGAACAAUAGUACAAAUCGUCAUCAACAACAAGCAUAAGCACGGACGAGUUUGUGUUUCAAAUGGCAAAACAUACUCACACGGUGAAUCUUGGCAUCCUAAUCUCCGGGCCUUUGGAAUCGUAGAGUGUGUGUUGUGCACCUGCAACAUCACCAAACAAGAAUGUAAGAAAAUUCAUUGUCCAGAACGAUAUCCCUGCAAAUACCCUCAGAAAGUAGAAGGAAAAUGCUGUAAAGUCUGCCCAGGUAAACCAAAAAAGGAAGAAGUGCCAACUCAAACCUUUGACAACAAAGAUUACUUCUGUGGGAAAGAGACUUUUCCCGUCUAUGAAUCCGUUUUCACAGAGGAAGGAGAGACCAUCAGAAAAAUUGCAGUAGAGACUGAAAAGCCACCUCAAGUAGAAAUACAUGUGUGGACAAUCAGAAAAGGGAUUCUGCGUCACUUCUAUGUUGAAAAAGUGUCCAAGAGAGAAUUUGAAGAACUUCCUUACUUCAAGCAGAUAACAAGGACAACCCCUAGCCAGUGGAAAAUAUUUAGCGAGGGAGAAGCUCAGAUCAGCCAAAUGUGUGAAAGCAGAGUGUGCAGGACUGAGCUGGAGGAUUUGGUAAAGGUUUUGUACCUUGAAAAGUCUGAAAAGGGUCACUGUUAAGGGAGACAGCACUGGAGGGAGAAACACAAGAAAACUUCUGAAAACUUGGAUCUGCAGCUGGACUGCAGGCUUAUUUUGCUUAAGUCAACAGUUGCCCUAAACCCCAAAACUAUAAUGCAGUAAUUAUUCACAUCGUGCACAGCAAAUUUGCUGCUUUAUGUGUAGUGGUCUGUGUCAACCGUUCAAAUAUCUCCUCCAAAGGACUACGAGGCUCUGUAUUACUGGUGGGGAAGGAGAAAGACUGUACUUUCCCAGAGUUGCAUUUCUUUACAAGUUAAAGAGAGAAAACGGAACAUUUUUAUUACUCUUAUUUGGCAAGUUAUUCAAACUAAUGAAAAGAAGAACACUUAAUAAAUGUGCAAGAUCUAUGGAGAGCAUUAGUUCCUGUGCUGAAUUUAUACCAUUUCUGGUGUUGAAAUGACUCUUGGAUUUUUUUUAGUAGCAGAGGAAAAAUACAAGUGAUACAAUACUUGUGUUGGAGAUAUAAAAAACAGAUUUAAACUAACAAACUCUUAAGCAGCCUGCCUUUGGGAUGAUGUCUUGUAGUGGAGCAAACUGAGUCCAUAAACUGAACAGCAGGUGUUAGUGGCAAUCACUGUAUUUCUGUAGCAAUUUGAGCAAACGUUUGCUUUUAAGUGGUUUUCACUGUUUCCUCCACCCACUUCUCUAAAAAAUGUGAAGUGUUAGCUCCCUAUCACAGCCCUAAUAACUUCAUUCU